AACCUGAUGAGAGGAAACCACAGGACAGCCUGAAAACUCGCCCAACCAGAACACGCUGACGGGUCCAUUUCAUCUUCCGACUCCCUAUAUCAGAGGAAACCCUCCACCCCAGCCCCCAGCGAGCCAGACCGUAAACACUUCUCUGGCGGAUGGAGAAACAGGCCGGAGCUGCCGGGGAAGGGGACGGGCCAGGGGCGAGCAGAAGGCCCUGGGGCUCGCCGACCUGCGGACCAGGCGCCGGUGAAACCCCGGAAAGUCCAACAGGUUCUCACGUAGAGUGGUGUAAACAGCUGAUAGCAGCCACAAUCUCCAGUCAGAUCUCCGGAUCAGUCCCACAUGACAUCGUGAACAGGGACAACAAGGUAGACAACAGACACACUCAAACUGCUGACGGUAAUUCUCAUCAUUUUUGUAACUGGGCUGGGAGAAGACCAGAUUUCAUGGUUUCCAAGCGGCUGAAUCUCAGGAACCUUCCAGCUCUCAGAUACGGGGCGCAGGUCAGGAUGUUCCAGAACCAGGUUCCUCUGCUACCAGGAGAGACCAUCCAAACUACAGUCAAGGAUGUGAUGUAUAUCUGUCCAUUCAGCGGUCUGGUUAAUGGAACCCUGACCAUCACAGACUACAAGCUGUACUUCACAAGUGUGGAAAGGGAGUCUCCAUUCAUUCUUGAUGUGAACCUGGGAGUCAUCAGCAGACUGGAGACCAUCAGUGUUCCCAACCAGGGAGAGAACACCAAAGGACUGGAGCUGGUCUGUAAGGACAUGAGGAGUCCCAGGUUUGCCUAUAAGACGGAGGACAGCCAUCCAGAUGUGGUGGAGGUGAUGGCCAAACAUGCCUUCCCCCUCUCCCACAACCUGCCCCUGUUUGCCUUUAUAUACAAGGAGCAGUUUCCUGUAGAUGGCUGGAAGGUUUACGACCCAACAGCAGAGUACAAACGUCUGGGCCUCCCUAAUGAGAGCUGGACCAUCAGUAAGGUGAACAGCACCUAUGAGCUGUGUGACACGUAUCCCUCCAUUCUGGUCAUCCCCACUAACAUCACUGAUGAAGACAUCAAACGAGUGGCUGUGUUCAGAGCCAAACACCGCAUACCGGUCUUGUCCUGGAUUCACCCAGAGUCUCAGGCCACCAUCGUACGCUGCAGCCAGCCGUUAGUCGGACCUUCAGACCGUCGCUGUAAAGAGGACGAACGCUAUCUCCAAAUCAUCAUGGAUGCCAACGCCCAAUCCCACAAGCUCACCAUCUUUGAUGCCCGGCAGAACAGUGUAGCAGACACCAACAAGGCAAAGGACGGAGGGUAUGAAAAUGAGAGUUUCUACCCAAACAUGGAGCUGAACUUCCUGGAAAUCCCCAACAUCCAUGUGAUGAGGGAGUCUCUGAGGAAGAUGAAGGACGUGGUUUAUCCCACCAUAGAUGAAGCCCACUGGCACUCUGCUAUUGACCAGACGCACUGGCUUGAGUACAUUCGGCUGUUAUUAGCAGGAGCAGCAAAGAUAGCUGAUAAGCUGGAGUCUGGGAAGACGUCUGUGGUGGUUCACUGCAGUGACGGCUGGGACCGAACGGCUCAGCUCACCUCUCUGGCCAUGCUGAUGCUGGACAGUCACUACCGCACUCUCAGAGGAUUCCAGGUUCUGGUGGAGAAGGAGUGGAUUAGUUUUGGACACAAGUUUGCUGCUCGUGUGGGUCACGGUGAUGAAAACCAUGCUAACUCAGAGCGCUCGCCUCUCUUCGUCCAGUUCAUUGAUUGUGUUUGGCAGAUGACUCGCCAGUUCCCAGCUGCCUUUGAGUUCAAUGAGCUGUUCCUGAUCACAGUGCUGGACCACCUCUACAGCUGUCUGUUUGGUACAUUCCUCUACAACAGUGAACAGGAGAGGGCAGCAGAGGACGUGCAGACCAAAGCUGUGUCCCUGUGGUCCUACAUCAACAGCCAGCCUGAGGACUUCACCAACCCCUUCUAUGUGGACUAUGAGCACCAUGUUCUGUAUCCGCUGGUUUCCUCCAGACAUCUGGAGCUGUGGAGCAGCUACUACGCCCGCUGGAACCCACGCAUGAGACCACAGGUGCCGGUGCACCAGACACUGAAGGAGUUGCUGAUCCUCAGAGAGGAGCUCCAGAGGAGGGUGGAGGAGCUGCAGAGAGAGGCCUCCUCUCACUCCCUGUCCUCCACUGAACACUCCCCCUCACACAAAACAGGAACUCCACUGCACACUGUGGUCUGACACACACACACACACACACACACUUCAAUCCAUGUUUUAGCCUAGUUAUAAGUACUGAAGAUGAGAGUGUUUACAGUGUGAGGGAGGCUUUACAGAUACAUUCCUAAACACAAACAUCUCUAUGUAUGUUUUUAGCAAAGUGAACCGAUCUCCUCCAGGUGUCUGUAAAGUGAAACAAAGUAUUUAAAGAGAGUAUUAAAAACUAGCUUGUUACCUAAUUCAGUGGUUCUCUAACUUUUUCUGCCAUUUCCCCCCCCCCCCCCACCACACAUAAACAGAUCAUUAAUGAUAGUGGAGCAACAAAUCAAAAAGAUGAUGGAUUCAAUAAAUGAAAGGAUUCAGGUCAGCACUAUAGCCUCAGCCAACUCAUAAAUAAAUCUUACAUGUUCAUUCAACUUAGUUGCGCUCCAUAUUUUUGUUCUGGUUGUCCAAGUCCCCCUAGUAGUGGUUCUGUGUUGUCCCGGGGGGGCCAACACCCCAGUUUGAGAACCAUUGAGCUAAUAGAACCUUCCUAUGCUUAUUAUUUAUAUUAUUUAAAAAUUCAGAAAUGCCAGCUCACCCUGGACUAUGGGAAUCUUCUGAUCCCCUUCAGACUUGAUUCUCAGUUCAGUAAAGUGUUUUUAUUUUUGUAUGAAGAAUUUCUACUCUUUGUCUCAGGGCUCUGUUAGUCACAUGAGUGCAGAAGGUGGCCAGUAACAUAUUCCAAAUGACUGCAGUUAGCUGGAGUGCUGAACUAAAGUCACUGCAUGCUCCCUCACACUUUCUCUUUCUCACACUGUCAGAGUGAUCCCAGCUCCGUCACUGAGAGACGGCUGUGUUUCCCCUCUUCAUUACCUGCACACUGCUUUAUUGUACAUGUUUUCCGUUAUUUGUAUAAAAAGUAUUUUUCAUUUAGUAGUUCUUUUACGUUGUGUAUGUGCCAACCAUGUCCCAGGUCCCACAUCCCCAAAGUGUGCUUUUCUGUUCUUCUCUCAUUGCCAACCACUUUGUCCUUUACUGUAUAAAAUCACUUGAAUUUCCUACUCAGUGUUUCUCACAAGUGAAAUAAAGGUCUGUGUAUGUCGAGCUCUUCUGAAACUAUAAACUGUGUGGAUUCACUGACUGAAAGAAGCACGUUUUGGUACAUUUAAAGCCAUGUUCAAACAUCAGAGUGUGCUGUGUGAUUUAGAUUUUUAGAACAGCCAAGAUUUUCCAGCCCAAACCUUCAAAAAUGCAGCUGAACUACAUUCAGAAGAAAUCACUGUCAGAUACUCUGUCAUUAUGUCCAAAACAUACCUGUUUUGAAGAUAAUCCAGUGACCCCAAAUAGAUAACUGUUCCAUCGGUGUGUUUCUGAUGAGUAGCAGGCACCUCAGCCUCUGGCUGAAUGUGAAGUAUACCAGUACAACCAUUUACUGACGGAGGUUUUGACUUCUUAAGUUUCCUUUCUUUACGAGUGUGGAGAUGAGUGAUGACCACGACAGAGCCGCUGUGGUUCUGUGUUGGUUCCUCUCAUGUCUAAGGUGCUUUAUGAGAGGUUUUUGGCAGGUUUCACUGCAUACCUAGAAGAAACUGCAGUGAAAAAGUGCUUUCUGUUACAGUAGUGCCGUGCCAGCCGAUCAUGAAAACUAUCACAUGACCGGCCAAUAAUAUGAGUGCUAAUCAUGGUUCCAACUGUCCUCAUGUUGCCUUAAUUUCAGAGUGCGGUUAUUUACAGUAACUAACAGGUGAGCUAAACAGAUCAAUCCUCUGUGUUCCAAGAACCAAAUUAGCUGGAUGGGAAUGAACAGGAUAACUUUAGCUGGCUAACAUCAUGCCUGGAUUAGUUAAACCACACAAGAGCAGGACACACAUCAGUUUAACCCUCUCACACCGGUCUUAUUUUUUGUAUUGUACAGUGUUUUGACAUCCCAUUAUUCUAAUGUAAUAUAACCUAUAAAUCACACUGUCUACCUGUGGCAUGGGAUCAUGUGAAUCGUGUCUUUUGACAAUGUAAUUAAUGUGUCUGUCAAUUUCCAUUUAAAAAAUAAAUAAAUAAAAUUCAAAA